GACUUAGCACCAGUCGGUCAAGAUUUUAGCCAUAUCCCGAUGGACAUGAAUUAUAUAAUUUCGGCCAGCGGCUCCGAGCCUCAAUCGCGUCCGGAACUAUCCUGGGGAAUUUCCGACCUCUACGACGCUCUAAUUCAGUUGAAUUACAAUGAGCCGAGCACAUGAGGGGUAUCAUAGUUCUUCCCCUUUUGGAAAUCCCUUUAGGAUGAUAUUUCCUAAGGGAUCUAACCUAUCGCCGAAGCUAUUAACCCUUUUGAAUUCCUUUGAGCAGACCUUAGCAGAGAACUUAAGAAAGCUCAAGCCUAAGGAAAUCUCAGAUAUUCUUAGUUUAACAUGGAUGAGACAUGCUAUGGAGUCAUUGUCUGAAACCCAUACUAACAUCAAGAUUUUAUUAAAGAAUCUUGAGUUCCCUGUUUCAGAAUGGGAGGAGAAGUGGAUUGACAUGCACUUCGAUGAUAGUCUGAAGUUGCUUGACAUUUGCGUUGCAUUAUGCUCCGAGCUCUCUCGAUUGGAUCAGAGCCAGCUCUUGCUCAAAUAUGCCCUGCAUGUCAUGGACUGCUCAGGCAAAUUUCCUUCGUCCAAGCAAAUCAAACGAGCUCAUGCAUAUCUGCAUGACUGGAUGCAGCAACUUAACUCAAGGAGCCCAAAGUUUGAAAAUUGUCCUGCUAUCCUGCAGGGGCUCGCAAGAACACUUUGUUUGGCAAAGGUCAAGAACUCACCUAAAGGAAGGGUGUUGAUGAGAGCUUUUUAUGCAGUCAAGGUCGAAACUAUAUUUGUUUGCAGCAUCAUCGUAGCAGCAUUGUCAGGCUGCUCAAAGCCGCUGAUAGACUUGUAUGUUUCUGAAAGUUUCUUAUGGUCUGAGGCGUUCCAUGACUUGCAAGCUGAUGUAAAUGAGAAGGUCAGGGGUCUGCUUUCCUGUGAGAAAGUAGUGUUAUUGAAAGAGUUGGAAGUAGUUGAUACGCGUGCAAAGAAAUUGCAUGUUUUGAGUGGUGGUGUUGAUGACUUGGAGGACAUCUUGAGGCACAGAGAUGAUGCCAACCAUGAGGAAGUAAUGACACUGGAAAAAUCUAUUAGCCAGGAGGAAAGAGAAAGAUGGCAGAAGUCUGUUUCAGAUGUUGCUGACAGUGCCAAGAAGCUCGCCGAUGGGAUAGAUAUUCUCUCAGAACAAACAAGGGACUUUUUCAAUAUUGUUCUCGCAGGACGUGAUGCUUUGCUUUGUAAUUUAAGGGAUUCUGAUGUAACACAAGAGGGUAAAGCGCAUAAAAGCAGGAAAUAAUAGGUGAUACUUGUAUAUCACACCAUAGGUAUUAGUUGCUGGGUUUCUGUAUGGUUGUAAGGUUUGGGGUGUAGACUCUUGAAAAAUGUUGAAGUAAUGUUGUGGCUUAAGCAUGGUGUAAUAAUUGUUAGUAUAUAUAUGUAUAUCUGCAGGAAGUUGUUGAAUUUCAAUUUUUCUUAACCA